AUGAAUCGUUUCGAAUGGCAAUCUGCCGUCAAUUUAAACAUUCUAACCCUAAAAAUAAUAGGCCUCUGGCCACAAGGAGACGAAACCUACAAAAAAAACAUCUACACUUUUUAUUCAGCAACAAUUCUAAUCGUCUUUGUCUGCGGUCACAACUUUUUCCAAACAGUCAACAUAAUUUUUAUUUUGGACGACUUUGAAUCUUUCACAGCUACGAUUUUCGUAACAUUAUCCUGCAUUGGGUCUGUGUUGAAGGCGUACUCACUUAUCCAAAACAUGGACACACUCAAAGGACUUUUUGUGACUCUGAGAAGCGAAAUGUUUUUACCCAAAAACCAACAACAGAUAAAUUUAAUACAACCCGGAAUCAAAGUCUGGAAAAUUAUCUGCAUUGCGCUGAAUUUUAUGGGAGGAAAUUGUGCUUUGUUCUGGUCAACUUACCCAAUUCUGGAUAAAGCAGACUACAGAUUGCCGUUUUUGGCGUGGUAUCCUUUUCCGACUACGGUUUCGCCUAAUUAUGAGCUUACGUACUUGUACCAAGUGGUCUGUAUUUGGUUUAUUGUGAUGUUUAAUGCCAAUAUAGACUCGUUAAUUGCUGCUUUGAACAUGAUUAUUGGUGCUCAGUGUGAUAUUUUGUGCGAUAAUUUGAGAAAUUUAAACACAGGUAAUAUGGAAGAAAAUUUUGAGUACUGCGUGGAACACCAUAAGGCAAUUUUAGAGUUUUGUAAAAAAGGCAACGACUUUUAUACCUGGAUUUUGCUAUUUCAAUUUUUUACGAGUGCGGUGUCUUUGGGAUUUAGUAUGUUUUUACUGACUCGGGUUGCCGCUUUCACCAGUGAAUUCUUCUCUUUUAUUGUUUAUAGCAAUGCGGUAAUCAUAGAAAUUUUUCUCUACUGUUGGUUUGGAAACGAAGUGGAAAUUAAGAGUAGCAAUAUCCCCUACUCCGUUUUUCAAGCCGACUGGGUUGAUUCAACGAAAGUCCAUAGAAAAAUAGUUUUCUUUACUAUGAGGACUCAAAGGAGCAUCCGACUUUCAGCUUUGAAUUUAUUUUUUCUGUCACUUGAGACCUUUAAAACGAUUCUUCGCACUGCAUGGUCCUAUUUUGCCGUUUUGAAUCAAGUCAAUACAUAA